AAUGAACACGUGUUACGGUGGAUUAACACCUAGUGGAGGAUAUAAAUGAGAUAUAUAAUGUAUUACAAAGUAUAAGUAACUCCUACUUUGAGGGGCGUGGACAACAGACACGUGUUUUCUGUCAACACUGCUACGUCACCGCCAACCCGGAAAAACAAUUGAGGUUCUACUGAGAGUUGUGCUUUCAUCGGUUUACACAUCAUCCACAUCUAUUCAAGGGGAAUACAUUGAUUGUAUGGUUCACAAGCUCAAGAAAGUUUUCCAGUGGAUCUCGUAUGUUUAUUCGGCGUUCAUAGGGAUGAACGUUUCAGGGUUAGCGUCGCUAUGUGACAUUAGUUCAGUAGUUCGGUUUCAAGUUAUGGAUGAAACCGAUCACUCCCAAACUUUUAAUCCGUCGGUAUCCUAAAGUGUACAGAUGUACCUUAAAGAGGGGAUACACCUACUGAGAUGUACUAGCUGUCAAUUGAAUGCGCCGGGAGAAAUGAAAUUUAACACGCAAUAUUGACUUCAACCAUGGUACCUUUAAAACGAAGGAAAGUGGCCUCUUCAAACGGUGGUCAGAGUAGUGAGACUGACCCCAGCAAAGAAAGUCGUUUUCCACAAGCAGUGAUCUUCAUAUUAGAGAGGAGAAUGGGAGCGAGUAGGAGAACCUUCCUUGCACAAUUGGGGCGAAGUAAAGGAUUCAGAAUAGAGGACACUUACAGUGAGUCAGUGACGUACAUCAUAUCGGAAAACAACAGCGGGGACGAGGUGAGGACAUGGUUGGGAGUAAGGGGACAGCAUCAGUCCAGACCACCUGUCCACCUGCUUGACAUCAGCUGGUACACGGAGAGCAUGCGAGAGGGCCUACCUGUGGCCAUACUAGAUAGACACCGGUUACAGGAGCAGCAGGGAGAUCCUGUUGAAGCACCAGCGUUCUUAGCGGCCAGCUACGCAUGUCAGAGGAACACGCCUCAACCCGGACACAAUACCCUUCUCACUGCGGCCUUGUCCGUUCUGGCAGAGAGUGCGGAGCUGAACGGAGACGAGGGGAGAGGCCUUGCGUUCAGGCGGUCCGAGGGCCUCCUGCGGUCCCUGGACAGACGGGUCCAGGGGCUCGCUGAGCUCCGGGGGUUGCCCUGCCUGGGAGACCACUCACGCCGGGUCAUUCAGGAUCUUUUGGAGAAUGGAGUGUCGAGUGAAGUCGAAGAAACCAAGUCGUCCCCGCGCUAUAAAGCCAUGAAGACAGCUAAACGGUGGUUUACAGAGGGGAUAUGUAGCCUCGCACAGCUGGAAACAUCAGGACACUCGCUCAACGCAGCACAACAAGCAGGUCUAAAGUACUACACUGACCUCAACCAACCGGUGAGCAGAGAAGAGGCGGACGCCGUCAGCGUGAUGGUGGAGGGUGUGGUGCACUCCGUCCUACCAGGAGCGCGGGUUACCCUGGCCGGAGGAUUCAGGAGAGGGAAGAUGAGUGGCCAUGAUGUUGAUUUUCUGAUCACGCACCCUGACGAAGGAAAAGAAGAGGGACUCAUUCAUAAAAUCAUCGCCUGUUUGGAGUCUCGGGGGCUUCUGCUGUACCAGCAGAAUACCAGGAACACCUACCGGGAGUCAGCGAAGGGUGCUGGCCGGCCCAGCUCCAGCAUGGACCGCUUUGAGCGAUGCUUCUCCAUCUUCAAACUGACCAAUGACAGCAGUCCUGAGGACACAAGGCGCGCUCAGCAGCAGGAUCCGGAGCGGGUUCGAGUGGAAGCGGACCAGACGGGCUCUGGGGGCAGACCCUGGAGAGCAGUGAGAGUGGACCUGGUGGUUUCCCCUAUAAGCCAGUUUGCCUUUGCUCUGCUGGGCUGGACUGGGUCCAAGUUGUUCGAGAGGGAGACGCGGCGGUGGGCGGUUCGCGAAAGAUCCAUGUCCUUAAGCAGCCACGCACUGUACGACAGAAAUCAGGAGAGGUAUUUAAGAGCGAGCUCUGAGGAGGAGAUCUUCGCUCAUCUGGGUCUGGAGUACGUCUCCCCCACAGGGAGAAAUGCCUGACCCGCUGUCCUUUCCAUCCAUUAAGAUCUAAAUUGCAAGCUUCCCUUCUGUAGUACACAACACAACACUGUUUGUGAUAACCUAAUGGAUUAUAAUAUGGUUAAAUAUUGAUUGGUUUUAUUUUGUAUGCCCAUGUUGAUAGUAAUAUGCCAGUACCUGUUUGUUUCUGUACAAUAAAAUGCUGAAAUGAAACGCAUUAAAUGUUGUGACCGCAAUUGGCUCUUGAAAAA